ACAAAAGAAGCUAUUCUUUAGCUUUCUCAGCUGCUCCUACAUCAGCUAGCUGUAUGGUGAUCUCGUACCCCCAAAUAUCUUCAUGCGCAUCUGUUGUGAUCGAUACUUGGCGGCCUGGUGAAACCGUAUGGACCACCCAUUGGUUUAAGAAUCAGUUACCCAAGCGCAUAUGGGGCAAAUGUGUCUUCUCGAAUGGUAUGUUCUACUGUCUCAGUACCUGCGGCUACCUUGGGGUUUUCGACCCGUCUAAAUCAACCUGGAAUAUUCUUCCUGUGAAACCAUGUCCCGCCUUUCGGGGUCGUAUACCAGUAUUGAUGACGGAGCAUGAAGGAGACAUCUUUGUUAUAGUUUAUACAUGUAAAAACAACAACCCAAUGGUGCUUAAACUAAAUUUUAAACGCAAUGUAUGGGAAGAGAAGAAAGAUCUUGGUGGCUUGACAGUAUUUGCAAGUUUCCCUUCCUCUUUUGCAAGAGCUGGUCUCUCGACAGAGCAGAGGAACAAAAUAUGUUUAUCGUAUAGGGAUAAGUGUGGGCGAUAUGACGUGUCCUACUCCGUCAGGUGAUGAGAAAAGCUCUUAUCCCCCUCCAGAAACCGUUUUGAGUAAAUCCAUUGUUUGGGUGGAGCCACCUCAUAACUACGUUAAUUUGUGAUUUCAUCAUCCCUUGUAUUAUGAAAAACUUUAUUUAUGCAUUUUAAAACUCUGAUUUGAAUUAUUUGCAAGUCUUUUUUGCAUUGUAGCUCGGAUACUCUAAGAAUGUGACAAGUUUCUAUCAAUCCAAUGCCUACUCUUUAAAAGUUAAAACACAUUGUAUCUCGAAUAGUCAAUGAAUUCACUUUAAAGGC